UUUGUGUGUGUGUGUGUGUGUGUGUGUGUGUGUGUGUGUGGUCUCACAUUUCUUACUUUGUCGGGUCCGGUCACCGGGAGUAGACCAACGGUGUGGGGCCCAACUACGUUGUGGGGCCCAAAAUGCCGGACCCCACAACGUUUUUUCAUUUUAACAUGCUCAGGAUGCUCCCCUGAUAUGCCUAAUGUGUUUUUUUUACUUGGCCCACAACGUAGCAAAAACUGGGUACGAGUGUGUGGGACCUGGGUUCUCGAGCGCCCCCUAGGUAGAUUUGGACCUGUCCGAUGGUCCUGGAAUGUGUGUAAGCUCACACACACUCUUGUCAUUUAAAUAAAGUUUUAUUGAAUAAUACGAUAUCAUGAGGUUUACUGCUGUGAGAGAAAGGAAUUAUGGUCUUCAUCACGAGGUUUCACAGACAAAGAACCUGCUGUUAUGAGUAAGAGUAUUGAUGCAUCCAAAGAAGAUGGGUCUCUUGGAAGACUAGUAAAUGACAACCAUAAAUUCCCAAAUUGUGUAAUGAAAAAAGUCAUUGUAAAUGACAGGCCACAUUUGUGUUUAUUCGCUGUGAGGCAUAUAGAAGCAGGAACCGAACUUGAUUACAACUAUGGAGAUUCCAAAUGGCCGUGGCGCAUAAAGGUGACCAAUAAGCAGCCUUCUCCUGUGGCAGCAGACUCUGAGAUGGUCUCUGAUCUGAGUACCCUACAAAAAUCCCAGGGUGAUGAUGCUAACACACAGGUGACCAAUAAGCAGCCUUCUCCUGUGGCAGCAGACUCUGAGAUGGUCUCUGAUCUGAGUACCCUACAAAAAUCCCAGGGGGAUGAUGCUAACACACAGGUGACCAAUAAGCAGCCUUCUCCUGUGGCAGCAGACUCUGAGAUGGUCUCUGAUCUGAGUACCCUACAAAAAUCCCAGGGGGAUGAUGCUAACACACAGGUGACCAAUAAGCAGCCUUCUCCUGUGGCAGCAGACUCUGAGAUGGUCUCUGAUCUGAGUACCCUACAAAAAUCCCAGGGGGAUGAUGCUAACACACAGGUGACCAAUAAGCAGCCUUCUCCUGUGGCAGCAGACUCUGAGAUGGUCUCUGAUCUGAGUACCCUACAAAAAUCCCAGGGGGAUGAUGCUAACACACAGGUGACCAAUAAGCAGCCUUCUCCUGUGGCAGCAGACUCUGAGAUGGUCUCUGAUCUGAGUACCCUACAAAAAUCCCAGGGGGAUGAUGCUAACACACAGGUGACCAAUAAGCAGCCUUCUCCUGUGGCAGCAGACUCUGAGAUGGUCUCUGAUCUGAGUACCCUACAAAAAUCCCAGGGGGAUGAUGCUAACACACAGGUAAUGGAAUGAUGUGGAGGCUGUCUUUACUAUUUAUCUUGAAUUGUACCCUAUGUAGUUCCACAACCAAGACAGGCAGUUGUUCGUUUUGGUAUUUUGACUUCACUUUACAGGGUAGGUCAUUGGGUAUUGGACUUAUUCUGACAAACACCCUUUCAGUCCAGCCCUGAUGUCUCUAGUCAUACUUACACACGUACGUUUCUAGUGUUGCCCUUGUGGGGCCCGCCUGAACAGAUUUGUAGGUUUUGUUGUUCGACUUAUCUUCACACACACUCCCUUGUUUCUAGUCUUGUCCUUAUGGGGCCCUUCCGAUUGGACCUUACUUUAAGUGAUUACAUUUCAUUUGGGCAACAGCUUUCAGUAUCAAAACCUGACGUAUUACAUGCAUAAUUG